GCCACCCUCCUCAACCUCCACACCUGCACAGUCCAACAAACUCGAGCCACCAUCAACAAAAUCCAGAGUCUCUUCCACUUCACAGCCACACUAUCCCUUCUCUACUACAGAUUCUCACACCUCUUCCACUUUUAUCAUGAUAUACUCAUUUUCCCAUGGACUCUCAUCACCACCGCCGAGCUCAUCUUCACCUUCCUCUGGGUCCUGUCCCAGGCUUUCGAGUGGCGGCCGGUCACUCGUACCGCCCACCCCGAAAACAUCCCCGCAACAUUGAGUUGCUGGGAAUCGAUGUUUUUAUUUGCACUGCUGAUUCGAAGAAGGAGCCGACGGUGGAGGUGAUGAACACGGUAUUGUCGGCCAUGGCGCUCGACUACCCGCCUGAGAAGCUGGCGGUGUAUCUUUCUGAUGAUGGUGGUUCGCCGUUGACUUUGUAUGCUGUGAAAGAAGCUUGCUUGUUUGGGAGGUCUUGGAUUCCAUUUUGUAGGGGAUAUGGAAUCAAGACUAGGUGUCCUGAACAAUACUUUGAAUCAUUGGGGGAUGAUGAUGAACGUGUUGUUUGGAGUGAUCAAUUCAAGGAGGAAGAAGAAGAGAUUAAGUCUGGUUCUGUGGUUUUAGAGUGAAGACGACGAAGAGGAAAGUGUUCGACUGUCACAUGUUCCGGACUAUAAGUAGUUCAAAUCAGUUGUUUUCGACUUUCUGGAUGAUUGUAGGAUUGCAUGAUUAAGGUUAGUAUCAAUUUGAUUAUGAAUACAUGUUCGGUUUAUGGUUUCAUUCGUAUGAUGGAUCAGAUGCUCUGUUUUUGGAUUGAUAUGAAUUGGAUGCUCUGAUUUUUCAAUUAUAUGCUUUUUACGUGGUCCUGUGGAGGGGAGUUCAUUCAUAUUAUGUGAAGAACAGUGUUAGUUCUCAUUUUACUUGAAUGUAUGCGUAAUGAGGAUCUCUGUGGAUGAUUUGAUUAUCAAUAUAUAUGCCAAUGUGAAUGUUCACAUUUUGUUAAUGUGGAAUAUGUGAAGAAUGUGGAUGUUCUCAUUUUAAAUUGAUGUUUGC